AAUCUUUCCUCUUUAAAGAAAUCUACAAGGUUUUGAGUACACAGCAAGUUGGGGAGACAUUUUUUAUCCUAAAAGAAGUUUCUCAGAAUUGUUCAUGAAAUGCUAAAGGAUAGGACAAACUUAUCGGGUUACUUGUUGAUCAGAUUUGCUUUGAACAUAAAAGUAUACCUUUACAGACUGGUCCUGUAUAGGAUAUUACGUCCCACUAACAGCAGCAGUUCAUCUCUUUCUCCCUCCACCAAACUCGUUUUUCUUAAAUAAUUAUAUACUAAUUUUAUAAACAUAAAACAUGUUAUUUGGAUAAUGAUGCCAAGGUAACUGCAACAAAAUUGAUGAGUGUCUGGGUUGAGAAAUUGAAUUUAUACCUGGUGCUACCUUUUUCUGAUUGUUUCGAAUUCCUUUGGUUGCCCUUAGUAUAUUUAGGUGUUUAAAAUACCCUAAGAUUAUUCUGAAUUUAUUUUAUCCAGAGUAUGGAUUCAUAUUCCUCCAGUCAAGAUGUGCUAAGAGCCUAAUUUUCUUUUAAUUUCAUGGAGAACAAUUGACUAGCCACUAAGAAUAGUUAUUAAAACUUGCCAGUUUUCAACUUAAAAUCAGUGAACAUUUGGCAUUUCCUUAAGAAAAGUUUUGAGAGUUUUGUUCUUUCCCAGUUGUAUUUGCCUAAUUUGUUUUUAUAUGUUAUUUAAAAUUUAGUAAGAAUACAUUGUUCUAGAUUCUGAAAGUCAUUUUAGUACUUUUUUUCCCCUUGCUUUACCACAGUGAAGACCAGCAGACAUACACAAGAAGAUGUUUGUUCUUUAUACCAGGAUUCGACAGUAGAUAUGAGAACAGUUACCAUCUUGGCUAGCUUUGACAUAAUCAUACUAUGUUUUCCUACCAGUCAGUCAGAUAAGUUGGAGGGGUAAAUGUGAAGAUUUUAUAUUUCUCUAAAGUUCCCAGAUUGAGGCCUCUGCUUAUCAUGAGAAGGUACUUGGUUAGAGUUUUCAGAGGAAGUUAUAUAUAACCUUUGAAGGAGAUUUUUAUAGCCUAGGGAGUUAUUUUUAUUUCUACUUAAAGAUAAGGUCUUUAUUAUUAUUAUGUGUUCAUCCAUAAACAUAUUCAACUGUAGAAUUUGUUCUCGGGAAAUAUAAGUGGUGAUACUCUUAGAUACCACUUGAAGUGGUGUUGAACCACAAAAAUCAAAGUUGGAUUAGCUGUAAUAUUUCAGAUCACAGUAACGCUAAUGAAAUCACUGAAAUUUUUACUGAGUAGUAACAGCCACUAUUGCAUAUUUUUCCAAUUGCUUGAGAACCUUCUGUGUUUGGUUGCUGGGAUGUUGCCAUGGUCACGUUCUGUGUUGGUGUGGAGUGGGGAGUUGUGGAAUCAGUGGCAACCCAGGACGCCCAGGCUUGGAGGUAGGCUGUCUGAGAAGUCUUCAUUGUUUUGAAGCCACACUUGACAUGGACCAGAAGGUUCUGAAGAGACUGGUGGAAUCCAUCAGUAAGAGUGUCAAUAGCUUCAAAAAGAGUGAAAUAGAGUGUCUCAUAAGGAUUUUUCACAACUUGGUGGGAAGAGGUGACAUAAAACUUGCUAACGCUGGACUAGAUCGUAACACAUUUCGAGUGAUCCUGCACAGCGUAUUUGGAAUGACUGAUGAUGUGCUAAUGAACAGGGUAUUUUUUGCAUUUGACAAAGACAAUGAUAACUACAUAAAUGUGAAAGAGUGGGUUAAAGGACUAUCAGUGUUUCUUCGAGGGACUUUUGAAGAAAAGCUGAAGUUUUGUUUUGAAGUUUAUUAUUUCAAUGGUGAUGGUUACAUUUCUCGAGAGAGAAUAUACGACAUGUUGAAGAACAGUCUACACCAACAGUCACCUGGAGAAGAGACUGAUGAAGGAAUAAGAGAGUUGGUAGAUAUAGCACUGAAGAAAAUGGAUUAUGACAAUGAUGGCAAGAUAUCUUUUGCAGAUUUUGAAAAAGCAGUGAAAGAAGACAGACUUUUGUUGGAAGUGUUUGGACCAUGUUUACCGGAGGCAAAGAGUUGUCUUGAUUUUGAAGCCCUGGCAUUCCAACAUAUCCUGACUUCUAGUUUUUGAAUGUUACUCAUCCAAAAUUAUUAAAAUCAGAAACAGA